GUGUGGCAGGUAAACUUGAUUGACUGAACAUGCAGGUUGGAAACUUUGGCCUGGGGAGCCAUUAACAUUGGGUGCUUCAACCUACGGAAUUUUCAGCAAGCUCAGAGUUGAUUGCGAGUCAAGAUGAUGGACGACGCUGAAGAUGUACAGGCAACCAUCGACAGACUCGAGAGAGAAUGGCUUCUUGCCAACGGUGAAGACAAUCACAGCUCGGGCAGCAGGUCAGAGCCGUAUAAGCCCAGCUACUGCUACGGCUGUGCCAGGACUGCUGGGGUCGCAGUCUACCGCAAGCCCCAGCCUGACAGAAAAAGAAAAAGAGAAGCCCCAGCAUCAAGCAAAGGACCAAGCUCACAAAAACAAGGGCCAAAGCAGGCCAAAGCCAGAACCACUUCCAACCUCAGAAGUACCUCCAAUCUCAAAGUCUCGGCCCGCAUCAAAAAGAAGGCCCUGACUACACUCCUUGGCCAGAAGACUGGGAGAGCGAACCAUCCUUCCUCGGAAACCAACGGCACAAGGAAGCCGCUGGCCAAGAAAACAACCAACAAGAAAAGAGAAUACAUUUGCGAUGAGUGCGGGCAGAGCUUGGCGAGCAGUCGCAACCUCAGGCGACAUCAGCUGCUGCAUUUACAGGUGGUUGUUGACGAGUUCUUAUGCACGGAGUGCGGGGAAACCUUCCUCACCGAGAGGCCUUACCUGAAGCAUCUGCAGGGACACAAGCUCAUCAGCGGCGGCGGGGGCGGGGGCACUGCAGACAAACCCUACGCCUGCGACGAGUGCGACAAAACCUUCAGCCGCUUCGUGUACCUAAGCCAGCACAAGAAAAUCCACAACACCGACAGGCCCUUUGGCUGCCAGUACUGCCCCCGCAUGUUCAAGAGGGAGCACAACCUCAUGGUCCACGAGAAGAGCCACAUGGACAUCUUGCCUUUCUCCUGUGAAAUCUGCGGGAUUGCCUUCACACGCAACACCUACCUUAAGCUUCAUCAACAGGUCCACACAAAGCACGGCCAUGUGUGAUAGAACAAGUCGACAUUUGUACCCAUGCGUUGUUUUGAGUUCCCCCCCCCCCCCACCCCAUAAAGAGCCCAAAUGUGUUGAACGGUGCUAGAAACCAUUAUUUUAUCAGGGAAGGAAGCAUUCAAAACAUUCCAGAUAUGUCUUUUGUCAUAGUUGUAAACAGAAACAGCCAUUGUGUUUUAUUUUCAUAUCACUGGCACCCUACCAGGCAAAGGCAAAUGUUGUCUGUGUGAGCUAAGUACAAUGCUAACCAUUGUGUACUUCACUGCUUCAUAUCUUUGGAGAUGAUCUUCUCCAAAACACUGCAUUCAACAUCUCACUUUGCGUCGCAUGACAAGCACCGUGUCAAUCUGCGGAUGCUCAUUCGCGCCUUAAAUAUUGGCCAGGUCCCGCAGACUAAACCGUUUUUAUUCUUUCAUCCAAAAGGGCCUUAAAUUUUUUUCAGCCAGGAGUGCCUUUUGAGACUGCUUUAUGUGGAUUCAAACUACAGACAAAUGCGGGCACUUGAUCACUGUACACUCACGAUCACUGUGCACUCCUUCAAUGUAGAAACCAUUGUCCAAGUUAUUGUGCAAAGCUACUUCCUCAUGAUGGGUUUAUCUGAACAAUAGCUAGCACUAUGCGUUUUGCCAUUGAAGGGGGCCUUCGUGAUAGAAUUGACAGUGUGCCUUGAUCACUGUACACUCACGAGGCCCCUUCAAUGGCGAAAAUUGUUAUCCAAGCUAUAGUGCAAAGCUACCUCCCUAUGACGGAUUGUCUGAACAAUAGCUAGCACUAUGCUUUUUGCCAUUGAAGGGGGCCUUCGUGAUAGAAUUGACAGUGUGCCUCGAUUGGUCUAUAGGUACUGUACAUCACCUUCAUCUGGAUGGAUAUGUGCAUGUAACUCAAAA